AUGUCUUCACUGAGUUCCCCUAUUUGUGGCGAAUUUGAUGGUUACUCUGAAACGGAAUCAGAAGAUGGAAGUAUGGGAUGUUUCUCCUGCGUUCUACCUAUCAAGGAAAAAUAUGAACCUCCUGGCUUUUGUGAAGAUUACGGAUCUGAAUCAGAAGAUGGAAAGAUAUACCUAUCAGAAGUUGAACGUCGUAUUGCAUCAGAACAAGCAGCACAAAGUGAAUCUUGCAUUGCCAAGGCUCGCGUAUUCGAACCGACAGAACUUAUCGAUGCCACUAAUACGUUCAAUCCAGACCGUGUUAUAGACCUUCCACCUGGCAACAAGUCUCUAGACUGGAAGACUAGGAUGAAGAUAACAGAGGGUGUUGCCAAGGCUUUAGAAUAUCUGCAUAAUCAAAAGCUUCCUCCUAUAAUUUAUGGUGGCUUGAAAACAACUGGUAUUUUACUCGAUGAAAAUUAUAAUCCAAAGCUGUCAGAUCUCAACUGUGUAAACCAUGUUGCUAGAUCGGGUUAUACCGGGGAGCAUGAAAAGUUGGCUUACGGUUAUAUUGCUGCAGAGUUGUUUUUUAGUAGCAGAGUCUCUUUCAAAUCCGAUGUCUAUAGUUUUGGUGUUGUUUUGCUUGAGUUGAUCUCUGGGCGGAAGGCAAUUGAUAGAACCCGAACCAGUGGUGAAAUCAGUAUGGCUUUAUGGGCACGGCGAUUACUCCGUAGUAAGAAGUUCAAAGAAAUAGCUGACCCGCUCAUGAAAGGACAGUAUCCAUAUCGCGGACUUGUCCAAGCUCUUGGGCUUGUGAAGAUGUGCAUAUGGCAGACCAUUGCUUAUCCCGAUACUGCUGUACACUCAGCCACUUCUUUUGUCGGAGCCAUAAGCCACAAAAGAGAGCACAUAGUUCGAAUUAUUGGUUAUCCUGAUUUUGAUUCUCAUGCAUCAUGGGCCUUGGGCGCUUUUGACUGGGAAGGAGAUGUAAUGCUUCAAAAAUCAGAAGAGGAUGCAAUCUCUUCAUCAUCAAUAGAGUACACAUACAAUAAGGAUGAUGGAGUAAGCCUCAGUCACUGGAUUAUCUGGCCAGAGAUGAGAACUGCCGAUAGAGAACCUAAGGAAAUAAAUGAAGGUGAAGCACCUGCAAAUAUGUUUCAAUCUGUUUUAAACGUUCUUGGACCACUGAACAUAUUAGGACAGCAGUCUUUUGAUGUGCCAGAUUCUACCAGACAACCUCUUGACUGGAAUGCAAGGUUAAAGAUGGCAGAAAGAGUUUCUAAAGAUUUAAAACAUUUGUAUUCCCGAAAUGCAAUCGUUAGAGACUUGAAGCCCCAUAAUAUUCUUCUAGGGGAAGAGUUUGAUCCAAAAUUGGCAGAUUUUGGACUUGCGAUGUUUAAUUCCUCAGUUACUAGGACUCCAAAUUACUCCGCGGAAACUAUUGGGUAUAUGGACCCAUGGAAUUAUGAAGGCAGAAGGCACAGUCCAAAACUUGAUAUAGAUACUCUUGGAAUGAUCUUAUUUGAGCUCAUGACUGAGCGCAAAACUGUUCCAGCGGAUCUGAUAACUCAUUUAUACGAGCUUUCCUCUUUAUUGUGUUAA